GGUCAGUAUUGCAGACUCUAGUCGAUUCGCCACACUCUUGUUUUAUUAUUUUAUACAGGCUAAAAAUAUAAGAUAUUUCUAUACGCGCGUGAUCCUACAAAAUUCAUUUCCGUUUUAUAAUUUUUAGAUAAAAGGUUAUCUACUCUAAUAUGUCAAUCAAAUUACGCGAAACAUUUAUUUCGAUAGCCUUUUUGCUUCUCGUUUAUUCAAUUUCAGGUUUGAAAAUUUCCCCCGAGGUUAAAGAACUAGAGUAUAAGAAGAAUGAUACAAUUACGUUGAAUUGUACAAAUAAUGAGCCAGUAAGAUGGUCUUCUCAGAAAGAGAUUAAGUAUACCAACAAGAAAUAUAAUUCAUGGACUAAAAAUGGCACUCAUUUCACCUCACUUACAAUUAAUCCAGCUCACUACUCAGAUACAGGAUAUUACAUUUGUCAGACAGAAAAUAAUGCCAGUAACAAUGCUCAGAUAUACGUAUAUGUUUUUGAUGAAGAUCAUGUAAUCGCCGCAAGUUCUAACAUAAUAAAUGCAUCUACACAUGAUAAAGUUACAAUACCAUGCAAACCUACCUCACCAAACAUAAAUGUUUCCUUGACGAAAGAUGAUAGAAAAGUAGAACCGAUCGAAAAAUAUGACCCAAAAAUUGGAUACGUGAUUUCCAACAAUUUUCUCGAUGACGCGAAUUUUACUUGCUCAAAUUCUCGAAAUCAGAAAAAAAUUGUAUUCACAGUGACAGCCGAUCCUCCAUACAAUAACUCAUCUAAUCCUAAUAGUUUGGAAGUGGCUAAUUCUAAUUUCAACUAUUCGAUUUAUGAAAAUCAAACCGCCAUGCUGAAUUGUUCAGUAACUGCUCCUACCAAUGUUAGAGUACAGUCGCUGGAAUGGAUAAUCCCUCGACAUGUCGAAAAGAAAAACGUCGUGAAUGGAAAUGCCCUCACAGAAAUAAGGCAUCAAAAAUUCAACACAUUUUUCGGAACGCUCCUCAUUCGCAACUUGACAAAAAAUGAUGAAGGAAAUUACACUUGUAAAGUGACCGAUGGAAAUCGAAAUACCAAAGUAUUCACACAUUUUUUACGCGUUGAAAUUUAUUUAAACGUCACGGUACAAGAUGAAGUUCGCGAAGUCACAGUUAUAUCUGGAUGGGAUUCUUCUGCAGAAUUUAAAGUUAUUGUACAAUCAUUCCCCAACUACUCAUUUGGAUGGUAUGAUCCACACGGUUUUGAAAUACACCACAAACAUAAUUGGAUUACGAAUAGAUCUAAGGAUAAUAAGUAUAACAUCACCAAAGAUGGAUCUACAAUCAAGCUAAGAAUUGAUCAUAUUAUAAGAUUAGACGAAUUCGGUACCUACUCCCUGACAGUUCGCAGUGAUUUUCUCACCAAAACUGUGAAUUUCAGUUUGAUUGUCAAAGAAAAACCACGAAUUACCCCUGGUGGCAUCAACAACCUGGGAUUAUACAAAGUGAACAUUUCUAGAGCUUAUAACUUUACAAUAACUGGAAAUCCUUUACCACAAAUUACAUGGUCAGCUACACCUUGUAAAGACUUUCCCAGUUGUAUAAACGGCACCUAUAAAAAAAUCCCGAUUUCUUGGUAUAAUGAAACAAUGGAGAAUUUCAGAGUAAACUCUACUCUUCUAUUCAAGUUGAAUCACAGCAUUAUUGCGAAAUGUGAAGCAAAUAAUUCACUAAAUUCUUCCCUAGUAUCGUUUCCUAUUUUACUCGCAGACUAUGAAGAUGCUGUAACUACGGAAAUUAAGAAUCAUUCGGUAUCCAUAACAGUUGGAGAUGAUGUUGAAAUCAUGUGCGCAGUGUCCAAAUAUUACUUCAUGAAUAACCUUGAAUGGAUGUUUGCAAAAGAUCCAAAACUGGAUCAUAAUUCUCACAGGAAUAGAAUUAAUUCAUCAGCUGUAAUUCGGAUUGUAAAUUCCACAACCAAUUAUUCAUAUAUAUCAACACUUCUCAUCAAAAAUGUGCAAAAAACUCAUAAUGGAACAUACAUAUUUUGUCAAGCUGCCUUAACUGAUGCGUUGAAAAGAAAUGAAUACGGAGUCCAUGUUCCAUCCAACAGUAAUUCGGCAUACUUGGAAGUUGUAGACCCAGAACCACCUACUAUUAUUUUCUCUAUGAUGAAGAACGGCGAUUGGCAAAUUAGUCCCGGACAAAAAGUUGAUUUUUUUAUUAACAUUGGAGGAAAUCCUCCUCCUACUGUGCUUUGGUAUAAGGAUAAAAAACCUGUGUCAUUAUGCACACGUAUAACUUUAUCUGGAGAUAAUAGAACUUUGACAAUUGCGAAAGUCUCACAAGAGGAUGAAGGAGUGUACUCAUUUGUUGCCAUCAAUAAAGCUGGAAAUGUUACAGAUACAGUGCAUAUGAUAAUAGGAGGAAAUACGUACUUCAAGUAUAUUAUCGGAGUUAUAAUUUUCCUCGUUCUAUUAUUAAUUACGAAAGUAAUUUUCGUAAUAAGGAGACUUCGCAAAGAGAAAAUGAAAUUACAAAGAAUCUUAGAAGAAUAUGGAUUGCAAGAGGGUAAAGGAAACGCAGUUCCCAGUCUAGACCCCGACUUGGACAUUGCAGAACAAACUUCACUCAUACCGUACAAUAAAAAAUAUGAAUUUCCCAAAGAGAAAUUGGAAUUCGGUAGAGUACUUGGAUCUGGAGCAUUUGGCGUGGUUAAAAAAGCAGAAGCUGAUGGUAUUGUUACAAAAGGUGUAAAAACAGUUGUAGCUGUAAAAAUGGCUAAACGCCAAGAAGACUGGUUAUGUAUAAGAGCUCUCGCGUCCGAGUUGAAGAUUAUGAUCUAUUUGGGGAAGCAUCCGAACGUCGUCAAUUUAUUGGGAGCUUGUACCAAGGAUUUGAUAAAAGGUGAAUUAGCGGUAAUGGUAGAAUAUUGCAAGUAUGGAAAUUUACGCGAUUUUCUAUUGAAGCGAAGAAACAACUUUGUUAAUCAAAUUAACAAAAAUGAUGAAAUUGAUUUCACUGUCACCACUGCCAAUUGGUAUGAAAAUGAAAAUAUUCCACGUAUUGGAGAACCUGAAACCAAGAAUAUAAGUAAACUGACUGAAGACACUCCGAUCGGCGCGGACGGAUAUCUCAUAAGUAAUCAUUCAUAUGAUCCCGAAUGGCGUUCAAAUUACAUGUCUGACGAUGACGAAUCUAUCAAUAAAACCAUUAAAACUGAAGAUUUGAUUAAUUGGUCGUUUCAAGUCGCUCGUGGUAUGGAGUACUUGGCUAGUCGUAAGAUUUUACACGGCGAUCUAGCUGCCAGAAACGUUCUUCUGGCGGAAGGCAACACUGUAAAAAUCUGCGACUUUGGUCUUGCCAAGAGUAUGUAUCAAAAUGAACAAUAUCAGAGUAGUAAAACUGUACUUCCUGUGAAAUGGAUGGCUAUUGAAUCUAUUCGAGAUAGAGUAUUUUCAACGCAAUCCGACGUGUGGUCUUUUGGUAUUACAAUGUGGGAAUUUUUUUACUUGGCAGUUUCACCGUAUCCAGGGCUGGAACGUAUGACUGACUUGUAUGAUAAAUUAGAAUCUGGAUACAGAAUGGAAAAACCUAAAUUCGCCACUAAUAAAAUCUACGAUGUGAUGAUAGAUUGCUGGCAUCACAAUCCCAACUGCAGACCAACAUUCACAGAACUAUGCCAAGUGCUUGGAAACCUUCUCGAACAUCCUAUACAAUCUCAAUCCAACACUUUAAAUAAACCAAAAAUAAAUGAGACCAUUGAUGAAGCGUACGAUAGAGAUAACUAUUUAAAUAUGAGUAUUUUGAACUCGCCUCCACAUCGAAAUGAAACCCGUCAAGGUAUGGAUACGAGUACAUCUGUUGCUGGGAAUGCGAAUCUUGAGGGAUUAGUUGCCGAAAAUGCGUAUUAUUUGGAAUUGAUUAAUUUACCAGAAAAUACAAGCACUUCAUUAUAAGUUAGGUGUAAAUUACCUCUUUUGUUGUAAAGAGCAGUAAGGUGACUAAUUCGCCUACUGGUGUCAUGGCACAUGGCUCAUGGAUUGAUCUACCUAUAUUCUACACCAAACUAAUCACUGUGAUUGUUACAAUUUUAUGAAAAAUUGAUGAUUUAUUAUUAUUGCACGAUGAAUUUCAAUUAUUGUGGUAUCUCUAGUCAUUCGUUAUUUUUUAUAAGUGUUCAAAUAAAUGAUUGACCUAGUCGAA